CUGCACAUAAUCACAAUAUCUGGUUGGUAGUUUGGUACAUCUUUGUCACGGAUGAAAAAGCAUUUGAAACUUGUGCAUAUUGCCUGUCUUUGCUUGUAAGAUUUCUUUGUUGUGUUCUUAUUGUUCUGAAGAGCGUGUUUGUAAGGAACAUCCCAAUGGCGUACAAGAUGAAAGGGAUCUUCAAGGGCCUCAAGGUCAUCUCCCAGAUCUUUGUCUUCUCUGUUGCUUCCUCUGUCCCUCUGAAUGAUUAUUGCAGUAGUGAAGGAGCAUGAGAUGCAGAUUGGUAGCCCGACAGAUGUGAAGCACGUUGCGCACAUCGGUUGGGAUGGCCUGACAGGGAAUGUUUCUCCAAGCUGGAUGAAUGACAUCAGGGCAUCGUCUGAACUUCUGUCUUUGGGCAACUUUGCACCAUCUGCAGGGACCUCCUGGGCUUCUCAAGAUUUCGACCAGCCUCGAGGCUCGUCAUCCUUUGCCACACCGUCAGAGAACGCCAGCCUGCAGCAAGGCACAGCUGCACCUCCUGACAUACCACGGCCGCCGGCGCAGAGGAAGACGAGGCGGAGGAGGAGGUCCACCAGCGACUGUCCGGUGCCUUCUUCUUCGUCGUCGUCGAGGCCCAGCGACUCCGCCAUGGCGCCAGCUUCCGCUGCCUCUGAUGCCAAUGCCACGCAAGAUCCAAACUGCAAGUCUGCAGCAUGAAGUCCAGCGUUGAUUGAUCCGGGCGUGUGCAACUUGUGCAGGCAGUGCUGUGUACCAAUUGUACAUUUUACUGGUUUGGAGUGCGGAUGAAUCGAAGGCGAUCGUAGUCUCGUAGAGAAAAAAAAACUGCAGUUUGAUCGUCGUGUUUGGUUGUGAGUUUGUGACUAACCAGACAAGUUAAGAUCAGGGCUCGUUUACAAACGCGUGAUUCAGAAAACGGAGAAAUAAGAAAAAGAUUUUGGUAGAAAAGCAAGCACAAAAUACGUGACUGCAAAACAUAUAAAAAUACAUGAAUGCUCGUUUAAAUAGACCACAAGAAAAACAUGGAAAUAGAUCGAGAGAGACAUGCUCAAAAGAAAUUUCCUAUGAGAUAAGAGGCUAGAACUCUUGCUAACUUUACUCCAAAAUCUAUAUGUAUCAAGUCAUUUCUUAGAAA